AUGUGCAGAGGUGAACCUAACCCAAUCGGAAACUUAUCCAAUAUCAACCAAGUGGGAUACAUCAAUUCCAACUUGGUAAAUGAAACCAAAUCAGAUCAAUUUCCGGAUUUAUCAAUCACCAAACAACUCUACACCUUAAAUGAUACAGUGCACCUUCACCUAAUGCUCAACGCAACAAGAUACAAUGAAUUGACCGAAUGGUUCAUCAAAGGCAAAAACAUGUUCAACCCUCUUUUGAUUCUACAUCCCACUUUGUUACAUCCAUUCUCCAGAGGUAAUCUCUCAUUAGCUUCGACUAAUAUAGAUGACCCACCAUUAAUCUAUCCUAAUUUCUUGGAUAGUAACACUACGGAUCUUGUGGUAUUAAUGGCGGGUGUAAAUCAUGUGUUAAACAUGCUCAAUACCAACUCAACGGGUUUUGGGGAUUUCGAACUGCUUGAUAUCACUUCACCUAAUUGUCUCCCAUAUGAUUUUAAAACGGAAGCCUAUUGGAACUGUACCAUGAAAGCCCUGGCAAGACCAACUGGUCAACCAGUAGGUACCUGCAGAAUGGGUACUGACCCAAUGAAUAAUGAUGUCGUCAAUGAAAGAUUAAAAGUCUUCGGGAUGAAUAAUCUAAGAGUGGUUGAUGGUUCGGUGAUACCAACUAUAACAGCAGGUGAUGGUACCACCACAAAUGUCAUGAUGGCCGAAAAGGCAGCUUAUUAUAUUUUGUAUGAUACUUAUUUCGGAUAAACAAUUGCAUAAAUUGUGAGUUGAAUAAAAAAAAUGAAUGAAAAUUCAUUGUGAAUUAAAUGAGAAAA